CACUUUGCGUGCACAAGUGCAAAGCAGAGGCACUUUCCCCCCCUUUCUAUUCGCUGUUCAACCUGCUAACCACAACGCAGGAAGGCGGAUUAUACAGACAGGAAGGAGCUGCAGAAUGUACAGAAACGGUGCUGACUUCAUAAUGAUUCGAGACGCCGCGCCGUUGAGACACAUUUCUUGAGCUCGCUGCUCAUCAGCUGGAUCUCCUUCUUUAGGGACCAAUUAACACUUGAAAAUUAGCUUACACUUGCGCUCAUGGAGCGUCCGACGUUACCACAUGAGACAUCUGCCCAGGAAGCUGCUUUAAUGCUUUGACAUCUACAGAAAACGUCAAGAAUCCCAUGCUAGACACGAGGGCGUCACGGGUAGAGACUUACCAGCUCUUUAAUGGAGAGGAAAGCACAUUACGAUUCUAUCUUGGAUCGAAGCAAGCGCAUUAUGUGGCAGGAUGACUGCUACGUGGAUCUCCAGUCUACGUCCCGCUCAACGUCGCUACAACCAGAAACAGAUGAUCAGAGCUGGAUCCAAAAGCAUCAAGACCAGCUUCAAAGAUUUAUAACACCCCAUUUCCUGGAGGAGAUAAUAACCCACAUGAAAAUGACGGACGCCCUGAGUUCCUCUGAAGAGACCAAGAUCAAAGAAUCAGGCCCAUUAAAGGACCAGAUUAACAUGCUCACAGCUAUUGUUAAAGGCAAGGAGAGUCAGUGCUCUGAUGUCCUUCAGGGGUUCAUAGAGAGCUCAGAUUGUCAGGUUGCUCAGCUCAUCAUAAACUACGAUGCCAUGGUGAAGGAGCACAAAGAGGUGCUGUUACGGAGAUACGAACAAUACAGAGACCGAGAUUCAGUCAGCUGCCCCAAACUGGCCAUCUCCUCAAGAACUUUAUUAAUGGUUGAUGGACUUUCUGACCUCCAACAAAAGGAACAUGACCUGAUGCAAGUGGGAGUAACUCGAGGAGGGAAAAGAAAUCAUCUCAGGCAGCUGGGGCUGGUGAAACUCUUUGAGCCCAUGACCCGGGUCAGUCUGCCUCCCAGGGUCUCCCUCACAGUUGGGGUGGCUGGUAUUGGUAAGACAACCUGGGUACGACACUUCAUAAGACAAUGGAGCCAAGGGACCAUCUGUACAGAUGUCAACUUUGUCUUACCAUUCACCUUUUCUGAGCUGAACUCACUGGAGAAGCUUUCUGCUGAGAGGCUGGUGAAGAUGGCUUUCCCUCAUUUGAGAGACCUCAGCCUGGUCCUGAGCAGCCCCUGUCGGACCCUCCUCAUACUUGAUGGCUUGGAUGAAUUUCGUAGUACUUUAAACUUCUCUGAUGCAGUUCCUUGCGAUGACCCAAAAAAAGAAGUGUCAAUUGAUGAUUUAGUUACCAACAUCAUCCGAGGGAAUCUGCUCCCUGAUGUAGUGGUGUGGGUGACUUCCAGGCCAAGAGUAGCCUCACUCAUCCCCGGAGGACUGGUUGACAGGGUGACAGAGAUCCCAGGGUUCAGCCAUAAAGACAUCCAGAUCUUCCUACACCACCACUUCUCUGAGAAGGAUUUUGCCACCAAAAUAUGGGAACACCUGGAGUCCCAUAAGUUCUUGAUGGUGAUGUGUUACAUCCCAUGCAUUUGCUGGAUAGUUGCUGAUACUUUGUUGUACAUCUUGCAGAGUGGAUCACAGGAGAGCCUUCCUCGAACUUGCACUGAGCUGUAUGCUCAGUUUUGCUGCAUGAAAGCGGAAGCUGGAGAGCCAAGAGGAAGGGAGCCAGUAAAAAUGGAGCAGCUUCAUGGGAGCAAUCGCAAACUCCUAGGGAGUCUUGGACGACUGGCGUUCUAUGGACUCCUCAAACACAAGUACACCUUCAGUGAGCAGGACCUCAGAUCCUAUGGUGUAGAUCCACUGUUGGCCACUCAAAGCAGUCUUGGUGCUGGAGUUCUCAUUCGGGAGGAGUCACCCAUACACACAACAUACCGGUUCACGCAUUUGACUCUGCAGGAGUUUCUUGCAGCUACUUUCUACAGUGUUUCCUCUAGGCGGGCCAUCUUUGACUUGUUCUCAGAGAACACCAUGUCCUGGCCCACAAUCGGUUUCCAGAAACACUUUAGGAGUGCCUUCCAGCACUCGCAACAAGCUGAAGAUGGUCAUUUGGAUGUGUUUGUACGCUUCCUGACAGGCCUGCUGUGUCCAAUAGCACUCAAACCUCUGUCUGGGCUUCUAGCCCUUGGGAAAGAUGAUGGCAGUCAGAAAGCAUGGGCAGCAGGGUUUUUACAAGGCCUUUUGGUCAGUGGGGGUGCUGUGGUGUCCCUGCGUACAGUCAACCUGGCUUACUGUUUACAGGAGCUGCAACACACUGAGCUGUUACGGAGUGUAGAGGAGGAUUUACGGCUUGGUAGCCUAGCAGGAAAGUUAACACGGCCUCACUGUGUAGUCCUGGGCUACCUGCUGCACGUGUCUCCAGAGUGCAGUGAACAAACCAACCUAACAGCCUCUCUGAACUACACGACAGUGAAAUGUUUGCUCCCACAACUGCUGUACUGCAGUCAUCUCAGGUUGGAGAAUAACCAGUUCAAAGAUGAUGUCAUGGAACUGCUGGGAAGCCUCCUGAGUGCCAAAGACUGCCACAUCCAGAAAGUAAGCUUGGCGGAGAAUGCCAUUAGCAACAAAGGUGCCAAAGCCCUGAGUCGAGCCCUCUUGGUGAAUCGCACACUAACUUCACUCAACCUCCGGAACAACAACAUCGGCUCUAAAGGCGCGAAGUUCCUGGCAGAGGCUCUUAAAAUGAACCAAGUCCUGACAUCAAUCAACUUCCAGAACAAUGCCAUUGAGGAGGAUGGUGCCCAGGGCCUCGCAGAAGUACUGCAGUGCAACCGCAAACUGGUGUCCCUGAAUCUACGGAAGAAUAUGAUCGGAGCGGGUGGAGCCAAGAGGAUUGCAGAUGCACUGAAGACUAAUCGGACUCUCACAAAGCUGAUUCUUUGUAGUAACCAGCUCGGAGACAAAGGAACCGUCGCUCUGGCAGAGGCUUUGACUCUCAACCACACUCUGCUCUCGCUCCAACUUCAGAGUAAUUCAAUCAGCAACAGGGGAAUGACAGCAUUGACCAAAGCACUCAGGCUGAACCGUGGACUUGUCUCCUUGAAUCUGCGGGAGAACUCAAUUGGAGUGGAGGGAGCAAAGAACAUGGCACACGCCCUCCACGAGAACAGCGCUCUGCAGGACCUCGAUCUCACAGCCAACCUGUUACAUGAUGAAGGGGUUCAAGCAAUAGCUGGAGCAAUCAAGUUUAAUCAAGGAAUCACCUCACUGCACCUACAGUGGAAUUUCAUCAAGUCCACAGCCACUAAAGCUCUAGCCCAAGCGCUCAUCUCCAAUACCACAAUACAACUCUUGGAUCUGCAAGAAAAUGCUAUCGGCAACGAAGGAGUCGUUUUUCUUGCUGAAGCUCUCAAAACCAACUCGUCCCUGCGUACACUGUGCCUCCAGGGAGUCUCAGCAGGUACGAGCGGUGCUAUUGCAUUGGCAAAAGCUCUAAUGACCAACGAAACCCUGCAGACAUUGGACCUACGUGGGAACUCGGUGGGGAUGGAGGGAGCAAAGGCUCUGGCCAAUGCCUUGAAAAGCAACAGGAGCCUCAAGUCAUUGAAUCUGCAGGAGAACUCUCUGGGCAUGGAUGGAGCCAUUUUCAUUGCGACGGCCUUAAAGGGAAACCACCAACUGACAUACAUCAAUUUGCAGGGAAAUGGCGUUGGAGAAUCUGGAGCAAAGGUCAUAUCUGACGCUAUAAGAGCCAGUGCUCCAGGCUGUGUGGUGGACAUAUAACUGAGGACUGCAUGACCUUCCCCUUCACUGAGGAUCAGAUCAUACAUGCUGCACAGGAAUAACUGUAUGUCAUCAGAAGAACAUGUAAACUAUGUAGAAUACUCAAACUAUAGCUAUUUAAUACUAUUUUUCAUUGGUUAACUGUGUUUUUAGAGAAAUGUGGCUAUAUUUAUUUUUCUUUAGCAAAAAGAAGAAACUAAUAAAGAAAACACCAUUAUUGGCACCAUAUCUACUGUAAAAUAUAUAUAUUAUGAAGUCUAAGUUAAGAGUUAAGCUAUAAUCUUCUUCUUCAUUUGUCCUUACUGAGGGUCCUUCUGUACAUUUGCUUUGUUUGCACAAUUAAAUAUGACGAUCUAUACAAAUAAAAUGGAUAACACAGA